ACCAGCCCAGAAAGCCCGGCGGUCUGCAGACAGGAGGCAGCCGUCCGAGACUGACCAAAAAAAAUUAAAAUAGAAAAUAAAACCCGCAGACGCGUAAAAACCUCCCCUGCCGCCGCGUAUCGAGCUGUCGGAAGAGGACAGCAGGAGCAGUGACCCCCGGCGGAGCAGAAGAGUGGAAUAAAAGAAGAAGAAGAAGGAGGAGGAGAAGAAGAAGUGGAGGCAGGGUGGGACGGACUAAUCCAGGAAGUGCGGAGGCCGGUCAGGUGGGAGCCGACGAUCAGGACAGGUGACACGCUCAGGUGUGUGAUCUCUGUUGACCUCUGAGCAUCAAGAGAAAGGGGACGAGAGAGCGAUCAGGUGUCCAUCUUCUCUUGGUUUUAUGGACUGGAGGUGGUGAUGUCUCCAGGAGAGGACGGUUUAAUUGGGAUACCUUUCCCAGAGCACAGUAACGAGCUGUUGUGCCACCUCAAUCACCAGAGGAGGGCAGGACUCCUGUGUGACCUCACGCUGACAUCAGGAGGGGCGCGCUACCCUACUCACCGCUCUGUCAUGGCUGCCGUCAGCCUUUACUUCCGUCGGCUGUUCGGGGCAGAAGAGGGUGGUGGAGAAGGUGGAGGAGGCUUCAGUGUGUGCCAGCUGGACUGGGUGGCACCUGAUGCUCUGGACGCCCUCCUGGAGUUUGCCUACACUGCCACGCUGACUAUCCCGAGCUCAGGAAUGAGAGAUGUGCUCAGAGGGGCUCAACUUCUGGGCAUCCAGUGUGUAGCCGAUGCAUGUCGAGACAUCCUGGGGGAGACAGCAGAGGGAGAAGGGGAUGCCUCAGAGGAACAGCAAGUCCAACAGCCAUUGAAUGAAAGAAUGCCAGAGAGACAGAGUGGGGUAGAGAAAGGAUCUCGAAGGAAAACUGACAAAAAGAAGAUGAAAAAAGUUGGACCACAUCACAUCACUACCUCAACUUUAAACCCACCGCCUGCUUCUCCUGUGUCUCACCCAUCACCUGCACCUGAUAGCCUCCACUCUCGGCCAUCUACACAACCCCCUAGCCCCGAGCGGGCGGAGCUGCAUUCCAAAGGGGGGCAUAAUGGGGAUUCAAGGGCAAUCGCACAGCCAGGAAGGGGGACCACGCCAAAUGGUGGGGUCUUACACUGGCUGCAGGAGCUUCCACGCUCAGCCCAUCCUGCCCGUGCUCCACCCUCAAAUGUCAAGCUGUCAGAGGAUGAGGAGAUGGAGGUGUUUGGUGAGGAGGGUAUCCCAAUGGGAAGUACUUCCAUACCUACCAUUGUAGCUGAGCGAGGAUCAGCGGCAUCCACGGCAGGAGGGGGGCGGAAAAGAAAGUCUCAGACACCCCAGCAGUGUCCGGUCUGUCAGAAGAUUAUCCACGGAGCAGGAAAACUGCCCCGACAUAUGAGGACACACACGGGAGAGAAACCCUUCCAGUGCUCCGCCUGUGGGGUUCGCUUCACCCGGAAUGACAAGUUGAAGAUCCACAUGAGGAAACAUACAGGGGAGCGUCCAUACCCCUGCCCCCACUGUCCCGCCCGGUUUCUCCACUCAUAUGACCUCAAAAACCACCUGUCCCUCCACAGUGGGGCGCGACCCUUCGAGUGCCCACUCUGCCACAAGGCCUUUGCUCGAGAGGACCACCUCCAGCGUCACCGCAAGGGACACAGCUGCCUGGAGCUACGCACACGACGGCCGCGACACGGGCCUGAGCUUAUGGAAGAGGCAAGAGGGGAUGGAGGCAGGCGGGAGCAGGCUAACCCUCUGGAUCCGCUAUCCUUGCAGGGGCACUCCUCAGCAUUCCUCCCACACACUGUGCUGGAUGCAGCAAGAGCGUCCGGUCCUCCGUUGAUGUUUCCUGUGGAGGUGGAGAGAGAGCGUUCUCUUGCCUUUCAGGCUCUGGCUCAGCUUGGGCCUCACAGGCUGUCCGGAUACCCCGGCCUGUUCCUGCGCAGUCUGGAGCUGCGAGAGGCCAGAGAGGCAGAGGAGGAGGAUCCAGGAGGAACCCACUCACCAGCUGCGCAGCGUGAUCGAUGGGCAGAUGAAAUGGGGGAAGAAAGUGGAGAGAAAGCAGAGGAAGAAGAUGAGUAAAAAUGUUUGUGUGGUAAAACAUACACAUAUUUAAAAAAAGUCUCAGGUGGCUGGACUAAGUUUAUGUUAAAAAAAGAAAGCGCUUUAAAGAAAUUCUGAAAAGAAAAAAAUGGAAAACGGGUUUCUGAAAUAUUUUAAUUGUUUGUUGCCUGGCUCUUGGCACUUGAUUUGUUAAAUUUUAUUUGCUGUAUUCUGGUGUGACCUGUUUUUAUUUCUUUUUCUGUGUAGACAUGGAAGAUGAUUGUGUGGGUUUGUGGGAUGCUUUUUUCACUAUGCAAACUAAAAUCAGGAGCCGAUAAACAGAGUGCUAUUUGCUGAUUUCUAUUUUGGUUACAAUAAAAUAAUGUUUUGAUUCAGGCACAAACAAAAGUCACAUCACCUCACAAGCAUUUGUAUGCCCACUGCCCUCUACUGGAAGUCGGUGGAAAUGCAGUAUAAUUAUUCAAACUGGUUCUGCGUGUUUGAAGCAAUAAUGCUUUUUAUGUCUUUAUCAUUAGUGAUACAAUCUUUAUUUUGAUUUGGUGCUUUUACCAAAGAUUUUUUUUCUUGAAUUCUAAGUUAAGUGGAGAGGGUGAUUUAUAGCCAAUGUUGCGCUACUGCCCAGCAAACACACUACAUAAAUGCAACGUUGUAUUGUGUUGAGGUGUAACAUUGCCACAGCAUCAUUCUGUAGAUCCCCAGCAACGUUGCUACAAUGUUGAUGACCAAACGUAUACAUGUUCAUGUAGUUCUGAGCCUUUUUUUUUUUUUUUGUCACUGACAGCCAUGGUGGAGCAGUGGUAAGACAUUUGACUGACAUGUGAGGGGACGCUGGUUCAGUCCUGGCUGGGGGGGGAUGGAAGAUGUCCCAUGGCUUUCAACAUAUUUGAAUUAAACCUAUUAAAUAUCUUCCAGUAAAACACUGGUUCCACUUAUUCAUCCUACAAUGUUGUAACAUUGUUGCAGGGAGUCUACACAUAUACAUUGUGGCAACGUCACUUUCAAACGUAGUCAUUACUAAAAAAAAAAAAGUGAUGUUGUGACAAUGUAGCAUUGUUUGCUGGGUGUUUGAUCGCCUUGAGAAAAGCGCUGCUUCCAUGUCUGUAUAUAAUGCUUGACCAAAAGAGACAAAGUCUGGGUCAAAAGAUACAUAUUGCGUUCAAUGCACUCAUCUGGGUUUCUUGUUUGGAAAAAAAAAACAAAAGUAAAGUAAAGAAAGGGGCAGUGAUGGAAGAAUUGAGAUGGCUUGCUCCCUUUUCCCCUUUUAUUUAUUUAUUUAUUGUUAUUUAUUGUGGUUCUUCUGCUGAAAUUCUUUGUGAGACCUAAUUCUGGAGUGGACCCAGUCUCCUCAGGGCCUCACCUCUUAUGCAAGUAGAUGCACUGUGCUUAAAAAAAAAUAAGAGGAGGAAAAAAAAAAUCAGCAUCUAUAUUUACCUAAAUAGCUUUUGUGGGCUUUCCAUUGGCGGUUCUUCCUCAUACGCACUCUUUGCACAUUUAACCCCAUCAGGUACAGCAGUAACAGGCAUAUUCCAUCUUCCGGUGAUACAUAGAAGGGAACAAAGCAAAGAAAUAAAGAGAAAUAAGUGAAACACAUUUAUUUUAUUGUUUGACAGUUUCUGUAUGUUUUUAUUUUUUUCAAUUUCACAGUACUGUGUCAUAUACUUCUGGAUUGACCACAUCUUUGUCUAAGGUGUUGUGAUGUUUUUGACUUUCCUCUUGCAUUUUGGACCAAAUUCUUUUUGAAAUCCAUCAUGCUUAAUCACGUUAGAUAGCUGGGGACCAUCCGUAGCCUUUGAAGUGCCGGUAUUGUGACUUUUUUUUUUUAAAGAGUGUGUCAGUGUUGUUUAGAUUUUUCUAAACUCUAAACAGUCCUUCCAACCCACAUUCCCGUCUGUCAAGCAACAAGCUAUCCCAGAAUGUAAUGACAUUACAAUAACUAUUUUAGACCACCUACUCUACUUGGCUGUAGUCAUCAGAAUAGUUUCCCUAAAUGCUGCAUCACCAUAACUUCAGCUGAAGACAAAAGCAAUAGUGCAGAAUGUACAAACCACCUUAUUUAAAAAAAAAAAAAAAAAAAAACCCUCCCAGGUUUUUAUACACACACACAAGUUACAGCCACAAUCAUAAAGAGCAGUGUUGCCAGAUUUCCAAACAAGCAGCAAUCGAACAUGUAAAAAAACUAAAGACUCGGGUUCAGAGAGCGUGACAGCACUUCAUACAAAUACAUUUUGUGAGAUUCAGCGAUAUUUGAUCAGUUCUGACCAAAAUUGAACCACUUUAUGCUUGACUAACACACCACCCUUACACCAUGUUUUAUCCUUACUGGCUAAGAACUGUUUGAGUUAAAUAAGACCUUGUCUUUGACUUUUUGAGGUUACCCAAAGCCAAAGGUCAUGGGACCAAUAGAAAGGUGAUGUAUGACAUCAUAUUAGAGUUUUAAUAGCAACUAAGUGUAUGAAUUGAAUUAGCCAUUCUGAAUAAAAGCGCUGGGCAGAAAAAAUGUGACUUUGGGCUAUGAUUUUACCCAUAAAAAAAAAAAAAAAAAAAAACGUAAAAAAAUGUUUUGCCCUCAACUGACCCUUAAUCAUUCCACCAGGUUUGGUCCAGUCUGAGAGAUUUUGUUCAUGCACAAAUGCGCGGACACAUAGGACCACAACAUAGGGCACACAAGCUUUGCUGCAAAAGUCUGCGACUUUGUUAUUCAAUAAAUUAAGUAUACAUGCAUUAAACUUCAAACUUACUAAUGGUAUUCAACAUAUUGUUUGAGGUCCAGCUUUAGAUGUUCUGCUAAAAAAAUUGAGGACUUGGGCUUAUCAAGCAGCAAACAUACAUUUUGUCCAAAAAUAAGUUUCUGCCAUUCUUAACUCACAUCUUCAUCUUUACUGAUGAAUAGCCACCAACCCGGCUGCUGGUUUACACACCAUCUAUGUAAAAUGCAUCAGUAAGCAGUAUGGGUUUAUUAGUCCUGUUUUUUCCUGUUAAUUAAAUUUAGAUAGCAAAGAAAUGAGUGUCCUUUCAAACUCCUAGUUUUUGAUGGAGGUUUUUACAUUUUUUUUGGUAAUUUAGGAAGAAAAUGUUAAAUUAAGCAUAUUGCCAACUAUAACAAGCCUUCCAUCACACAAAUCCAUUAAAAUGCUCAGGGUUGUUUGAUUGUUGUUUAAUUUUCACAGUGCUGGCACUUUAAGGCUGGUGUCAGGGUGUUAUAGUCUUUGUCACAAACUGCUUUAAAUGCCAGGUGCUUGUUUUUCUCACCUGUCCAAACCCAGGUGCUCAGAAUGUGCUUCAGCACUCGUGCUGUUCAGAACCUAAACCAUCUGCUUAUUGCCAUGCAGAAAAAAAAAAAUAUAUCUAUUUUCACUCACUUUUUGCACUAUGAGAUUUGAGACCUUGGAGCCUUUUUGUCUGCAGUACAAUAUGUACCUCAUUCACUCACUCUACACCAUUUAAGAUUGUGAUUGCAUUAUAAAAUACUUCUUUAAAGCCCAGAAACAUUCAGUACUCUUCCUCCUGCAUAUUAGUACAGUUAUAGCAAAAUGUAAUAUAUUGGAAUGAAGUUGCCUUAGGUUUUGUUUUUGUGCUGCAACUAUUCUCAGGAAAUCUUGAGCAAUGCACUAAAUUAUACAAAAUAUCUGAAUGGGAAGAAAUUGUUUGGUGUUGCAGAGUUGCUGUCACCCUUCAUGCAAAUAUAUCAGCAGUCUAAAAGCUAAUAAAUAAAACCAGUUUUUUUGAUAAUGGCAGUGACACCUGUUGGCUGUGCAUGUGAAGGGUGUCGGUGCUCGCAGUCGCCACUCUGUGAAUGAAUGAGGGUUCACUGAUGCCAGCUGUGAAACGUGUUUUUCUGUCUGAGCUGUUUGUAUUCUCGGCUUUGGUUAAGGGACACGGGGUCGAGGUGUAAGGCCCCGCUAUCAGGGAUAUGUUUUUGUCUUUCAGUUUUUAGCGGAACUUUUCAGAGAUAUGACUUCCAUUUUUCCCUAUCAACUGUUUCAGUUAUGGUCAAGAGAAAAAAUAAAGAUAUGUUGGCGUGCUG